UCAGUUUCACUUGGACUCUGCAGUGCGGCGCACAUUAGUGGGGCGGCUAAUCGUUUGUGCAUAUAACUUUUUUGUUGGUAUAUUUAUAUGCGUUGUGCUUGCUUUCUUUGUUCUCGUGCACGCGACGCGCUAGCUUUGUGUAGAGAAAUUGCAGACCCCCAUAUGCAAUAAAUACUGCAAAGUGAAUACUGAAAAUCUUUGGUUGUUAAUUAAAUCUGUUGCAAAGUGCAAAUCAAUUAAAGCAGACGGAAAUGCAAAAGCUAAACCCACCUUUAAGAUCGUGCCAACUUUCGCGUGAAAAGUUCUGAAAAAGCAAAAAUGUAAAUUCGUAUAUCUCUAGUAAAUGAAACGCUUUAACCUUGCGCAACACCAGCAGAAAAAAAAAUAGCUUAUCCAAGUGGUGGAGUGCCCAAAAGGCGCCAUGGUUGAUAUAAUGCAUCUUCUCAAAUCUCAAAUAUGGAAAUUGAUGCCAUUCUUUAACGCUGUUGUUCUUUAUUUUGCCUUCGUAAAAGAUCCACACGGUGAAUUAUGGACGACGGUGCUGAAAUGUCUCCCCAUUCUAAUGCUGAUAUUCUAUGUUGUAGCCAAAGGAUUUGCGCUCACACCAACCUACAGACGCUCACAACGUAUACUACUCGGAUUAAUCGGCUCAUGCGCCGGUGAUGCAUUGCUCAGUGUGAAUCUCUUCCCACAUGGAAUGGGUGCAUUUGCUAUCGGGCAUAUCUGGUACAUAUCAGCGUUUGGUUGGAAACCACUGAAGCUGGCAAUCGGUGUAACACUGUACAUUAGUGGAGCAAUUGGAGUUUCAGUGGUAUACAAUCGCCUCGACGCCGUACUCGCCAUUGGUCUUCCUAUCUAUACUGCUCUCUUAUUGACCACAUGUUGGCGAGCCAUCGCACGCGCUCUCCCAAGCUCAAGCUUCAUAGAUACGUUCUGUGCAGUGGGUGCAGUGCUCUUUCUCAUAUCCGAUAUAUUCAUUGGCAUUAAUAUGUUCUUGAUUUCAGUGCCGUAUUCAAGAAUGCUCAUCAUGUCCACGUAUUAUACUGCUCAAUUUGCAAUAGCGUUCAGCACUGCCAAUGAAAGCCCGGACUUUUGGAAGCAUAUGGGCAAUGGUAAACCGGCGCUCAAAGGUCAUCGCGUUAAAUCAAAAGACUGAUCAGUCACCGAUAAACUUGGGCUUAAUUAGAAGAAAAGUAGCUCAAAUUGAGAAGCAAAAAAAUUUUCAUAUGUAAACUGCGUUGCCUAUAUCGAACUGUCACCACCAAAAAAAAAAACCAAAAAUAAACCCAAAUACUUCCAUCGUACUUUUACUCUGAAAAUUUUCAAGAAUAAAGGUUACUUUAACAAAUAUA